UACUACUCUAUGUUACUCCCCAUUGUGAGUAGUCUAAGAACCCACUUACCUACUCUUUCCUCUUCUCUUUCCACCAACUAAAAAUAAAUAUAUUACUUUAUUUUUUAUAGCCAGCUGACUCAGCUCUAUUGUACUUGUUUUAAUACGAUAGUAGUAUUUCACAUUUGAAGCAUUUGAAAACCUUCGAAACUCUUGUGCUCCUAUCUCGUAUGGCUGUAUAUAGGCUUUUCAAAGGAAUACGAAGCUAGCCUUGAAUCUUACAGGAAUUUCAGAGGAAACAGUUCAACAUCUACAAGAUCCUGAACUUUUCUAAUUUUUGUCUUUCAAACAUGGCUUUUCCUUUCAGCCAGAAUUGCCUUGUUAUCAAAACAAGAUUACAAAAUCCAGCUCGGUAGACAUUGAGCUGCUUCCUGCGAAACACCUGUAAGAUUCAUCCAGCCACAGUUACUAGUGUACCAGUCAAGUUAUCUGUAGCAUUGUUUUCCAGUACCAGUAGUACUACUACUACCAGGAAUGCAGCGACACCGUAGAAAUUCCUACUGAAAUGCUGGUACCAGAAGAUCGAGAAGGAGCUCCCUCUGUCGCUCUCGCUCUCGCACCCAUCAGCCUGCCAAACGUUGAUGGGACCUACGGUCGCUAGCACCACUGGGGGAAGCAGCGAGCGGCGCACAAGAACCUCUCGCCCGCGUCAAUCCAAUUUUAAUGCUGCAGCGACAGCCCCCUCCCCAUCCUCGGAAUCUGUUGCAUUCAAUACAACUUUCGAAAAACAAUCAUUUUUCUAAUGCAGCCCCAGCAGCAGCACCUAGAUCCAGCCAAAGGCUCCAAGCCCCAUCAGCCACCACUGUUCGGCCUCCAUUAGCGCGGCGCGCGAGCUUUCUACGCCCCCUCGCCUCCGCUGAUUAGCACUGGCACCGGCGAUUAGCAGUAUACCAGCAGUGAAGGCGAGGCCUUCGAGCCCGCAAUCCCUUUUUUUUCUGCUGCUGCUGCCCGCAAGAUUACAAAAUCCUGCGUUUGUCCUGUUGCCGCUGCUUCCGCUGGCGCUCUCGGGAGGGCGGCCAUAGAAAGGAGAUAAGGAGACGAAGGAACGAAAAUAAAAGAAAUAAAGGCUGGAGGCUUUUGGCGCUCAUAAUUUUUGGCCUCUCUCUGCGCUCCCCGGGGAGAUUUUCCGGCGCUUUCUCUCUUUCUUUCCGGGUGGUGGGAGAGAAUCCAGCCUCUGAAUUCGCAGUUUCUGGUUCACAGCGAGAGAGUGUUCUUGAGUCGGUGUUGAUCCAAUGGGCGAGAUGAACCACCAGCCGGGGCAGCCGCCGGUGGGCGUGCCGCCGCCCAUGGGGAUGCAGCCCAUGAUGAACGCGCCGGUCGGCGCGGGCGCCAUGCACCAGCCCUACGAGCAGUUCAACCAACUCAACUACUGCGUCCACUCCAAUCCUUCUUGGGUGCAGGUGGCAGGGCUUGCAUUCCUCCACUACCUAGUGAUGUUGGGCUCUACUGUCAUGCUUGUGUCAACUAUAGUUCCUGCAAUGGGUGGUGGUCCUGGUGAGAAGGCUCGUGUAAUUCAAGCGUUCCUGUUUGUGAGUGGCAUUAAUACUAUGCUCCAAACACUCGUUGGGACACGACUUCCAACAGUUAUGAAUGCCUCCUUCGCAUUUGUUGUCCCAGUGCUGUCAAUUGCCAGACAGUUUGACCCAAACGACUUUGGCAGUAAUCACGAGAGAUUCGUUCACACAAUGAGAGCAACUCAAGGGGCUCUGAUUGUUGCUUCAAUCCUCAACAUGAUUCUUGGAUACAGCAGAGCAUGGGGGGCAUUUGCCAAGAAAUUCAGUCCUGUAAUAAUGACUCCUGUUGUUUGUGUUGUUGGUCUUGGAUUAUUUCAAAUUGGCUUUCCUCAGGUUGGAAAAUGUGUUGAGAUUGGGUUGCCAAUGCUAAUUCUUGCAAUUGUUGUGCAACAGUAUGCGCCACUUUACUUCAGACAUAUCCAUGAUCGAACCACCUUCUUGUUUGAGAGGUAUUCGUUGCUUCUUUGUAUCGGCAUUGUGUGGGCCUUUGCAGCUAUCCUUACUGCUGCUGGUGCAUACAACCAUGUUUCACUCAAGACACAACAGCACUGCCGCACUGACAAGUCUUUCCUUAUAUCAUCUGCUCCAUGGAUCAAAAUUCCAUACCCCUUCCAUUGGGGUCCACCGAUCUUCACUGCAGGUCAUUCAUUUGGAAUGAUGGGUGCUGUGCUUGUUUCAUCUUUUGAGUCAACUGGUGCACACUUUGCAACUGCGCGUCUAGCCGGUGCAACACCACCCCCAGCUCAUGUUCUUACUCGAAGUAUUGGUUUACAGGGCAUUGGGAUAUUCCUGGCAGGACUGUGUGGUGCUCCAGCCGGUUCAUCUGUAUCAGUCGAAAACAUCGGGCUACUUGGAUUAACAAAAGUUGGAAGUAGGAGAGUGAUCCAGAUAUCAACUGGCUUCAUGCUAUUCUUCUCCAUAUUUGGGAAGUUUGGGGCGUUCUUUGCGUCAAUUCCGUUGCCAAUCUUCGCAGCAAUUUACUGCAUCUUGUUCGGUAUCGUAGCUGCUGUGGGAAUCUCGUUCAGCCAAUUUGCAAACAAAAACUCAAUGAGGAACAUCUACAUCAUCGGACUAUCCUUGUUCCUUGGCAUCUCGAUCCCUCAAUAUUUCGCCGAGUACACCGCUUCUGCUGGCCGUGGACCUGCCCGAACAAAUGCAGGAUGGUUCAAUGACAUCAUCAACACAGUUUUUGCCUCCGGCCCAACGGUGGCGCUGAUCGUCGCGUCGCUUCUGGACAACACGCUGGACCCCCGGGCCAACGAGGCCGACCGGGGGCUCUCAUGGUUCACACCCUUUCUGCGCCGCCGUAAAGGGUACUCGGACCCUAGGAACGAGGAGUUCUACAGCUACCCGAUCCGGGUCCACGACCUGAUCCCGCACCGGUUUCUCUGAUUCUAGAAGGACCGCUGCUAAUUAUCCUGUGCUGCUGUGCGUGCAUGUAAAUCCCCUUUGUUCUUUUUAGCCUUUUACCCUUUGUGGCCUGCAGCGAUUGGUGCAGUCACAGAUUUCAGGUUAGUUGGAUAUGGUACAAGGAGUCAACGAUGUUAGUACUUUCGUCGUUGCCGUUGUUGGCCGUUUGGGCCAAGGAGUGGUUGACGUAGAGUUUUAUUUUCCGGGUGUAUCUUGUCUCUGGGGAAAAAUGAAUGCAAAAGGAUACUAGUACCUCAACUAUCGGAUGCGUUGAUGAACGUUCAGUGAAAAUCUUUGCAAGUAAA